UAAACUCAACUUGUAUUAAUUUCAACAUCGACACUUUAUUCCUGGUUCCUUGUUGCUGUACUUUAAAAAGUCAAUAUGUCGAACUCCACAUUUUACAUUUCCAAUUUAUUGGAGAAAAUGACAUCUACUGACAAAGACUUUCGGUUUAUGGCUGCCAAUGAUCUGAUGAUGGAGCUGCAGAAAGACUCGAUCAAACUGGACGAGGAGAGUGAGAGGAAAGUGGUGGCCAUGCUGCUCAAACUUCUCGAGGACAAAAACGGAGAGGUGCAGAAUCUGGCCGUCAAAUGUCUUGGUCCUCUGGUGGGGAAAGUGAAGGAGUGUCAGGUAGAGACAAUGGUGGACACUCUCUGUUCCAACAUAAAGUCCAAUAAAGAGCAACUGAGAGACAUUUCCAGCAUGGGUCUGAAGACUGUCAUCGCUGAACUGCCCCCAUCAUCUACAGGUAUGAGCUUUACAGUCAACGUCUGUAGGAAGAUCACAUCUCAGCUGAUUGGAGCCUUGGGAAUGCAAGACGAUGUGUCCAUUCAACUGGAGGCUUUGGAUAUCCUCUCCGAUAUGCUGGGCAGGUUGAGCACUGCUCUGGUGAGCUUCCACCAGUCAAUAUUGGCCAGCCUCCUCGCCCAGCUCAUGAGCCCUCGUAUGGCUGUAAGAAAACGUUCUAUCAUCGCCCUGGGUCAUUUGGUGCCCAGUUGCAGUCCCACCCUCUUCUCCCAGCUCACCGAACAACUGAUAAGCGAGCUGUCCUGCGGACCGCCCACUGCCAACAUCCGCACUUACAUCCAGUGCCUGGCCACAGUCAGUAGACGAGCUGGACACAGGAUAGGUGACCACCUGGAGAAGAUUGUUCCCAUGGUGGUGAAGUUUUGUAAUGUGGAGGACGAUGAGCUACGCGAGUUUUGCUUUCAAGCUUUUGAAGCUUUUGUUAGCAGAUGUCCAAAGGAAAUGUCCCCUCACCUCCAAACAAUUAUCAAGUUGUGCCUGAAGUACAUCUCUUACGACCCCAAUUACAACUAUGAUGCUGCAGAUGACAGUAUGGAUGUUGAAGACAGAGAGGAUGAAGAUCAGGAGUCUGAUGAUGAAUACAGUGAUGAUGAUGACAUGAGUUGGAAAGUGCGGCGUUCCUCUGUGAAAUGUCUGGAGGCAAUAAUUAACAGCCGCAGGGACCUGCUUGUGGAGCUAUAUGGAUCUGUAGGCCCAACCCUGGUGUCUCGCUUCAAAGAACGGGAGGAGAAUGUUAAGACUGACAUUUUCUCGGCUUUUGUGACAUUGCUCAGACAGACCAGGCACCCUCAUGGUCCUGCUUUUGACACGGGGGCUAAAGAGAUGUCAGCGGUCACUCUCUUGAAGAAUCAGGUACCAACAAUAGUGAAAGCCUUACAUAGACAGCUAAAGGAGAAAGGCAUUAGGUGUAGACAAGGCUGCUUCAGCCUCCUAACAGAGUUGGCCAAUGUACUACCUGGUCAACUAGGAGAGCACAUGUCUACCAUCAUUCCAGGUAUUAUUUACUCUCUAACAGACAAGUCAGCCUCUUCAAAUAUGAAGAUUGAUGCCCUUUCUUUCCUCCAUGUUCUCUUGAGUAGCCACAACCCUGAGGUCUUCCACCCACACAUCAAUGUCAUCUUGCCACCUGUCAUCCAAUGUGUCGAAGAUCCUUUCUAUAAAAUCACAUCGGAGGCUCUUCAAGUCACCCUACAGAUUGUCAAGAUCAUGCGGCCACUGGAUAAGCCUAUCUCUUUUGAUGCCAAGCCUUAUGUAAAGAAUGUAUUCUCUUGCUCCCUGAAGAGGUUGAAGGCAGCUGAUAUAGAUCAAGAGGUAAAAGAGAGGGCCAUAUUCUGCAUGGGUCACAUUUUGAGUCACCUAGGUGACCAGCUUGGAGAUGACCUACAGCCCACCUUGCAGAUAUUUCUGGAACGGCUCAAAAAUGAAAUCACAAGGCUUAUAGCUGUGAAGACUUUGACCCUCAUUGCUUCUUCGCCACUCAAAAUUGACCUAAGCCCCAUUUUAACAGAGGGGAUCCCAAUGCUCGGAUCCUUCUUGCGGAAGAAUCAGCGUGCCCUUAAGUUAAACACAAUAACAGCCCUGAAUGUGAUUGUCACGAAUUAUAGCGACAGCUUCAAGCCCCCAAUGAUAGAAUCCAUACUGAGUGAAGUACCUGCUUUGAUUCAGGAGAGUGAUAUGCAUAUCUCACAGGUAGCGAUAACACUCAUUACAUGUAUGGCCAAGGUUUGCCCAUCCUCCUUGAGCAAGACUUGGAACACAAUCUUGCCUGAAGUGCUUAACUUAGUUCAUUCUCCACUGCUACAAGGAGGUGCUCUCAAUUCAAUACUUGAGUUUUUCCAGGCCCUUGUGGGAACCAAGGCCAGCAAUAUGAGCUAUAAUGACCUCCUGAAAGCAUUGAAGGGACCUUACUACGAGGCAAAGUCUUUUGACUCCAUGUCUGUCCAUAAGCAGUCCUACUACUCGGUGGCAAAGUGUGUAGCAGCACUGUCGACAGCCUGUCCCAAAGAAGCUUCUGUAGUGGUCACCAACCUCAUUCAAGAGGUGAAGAACCCCAAAAAAUCGGAGCCGGUGAAGAUUCUGUCAUUGCUGUGCCUUGGGGAAAUUGGCCACUAUAUGAACUUUGAAAUUCAGAAGGAGCUGAAGGGAGUCAUUUUGGAGGCUUUUGGUUCCCCAAACGAGGAAGUGAAGUCUGCCGCAUCUUUUGCCUUGGGAAACAUCUGUGUUGGAAAUUUAGGGGAGUAUCUGCCGUUCAUGCUCAAGGAGAUCAGCAGCCAACCGAAGAGACAGUACCUGCUUCUACACUCCUUAAAGGAAAUGAUUAGUGCUCUAUCAGCUGAAAGUCUUAAACCUCAUGUGGAGAACAUCUGGGCUUUGCUGUUUAAGCACUGUGAAUGCGUAGAGGAGGGCACUCGUAAUAUUGUAGCCGAAUGUUUGGGGAAACUCACACUGGUCAAUCCAUCAGAGCUUCUACCAAGGCUAAAAAAACAACUGUCCACGGGGUCUCCUCUUUCACGAAGUACAGUUGUAACUGCAGUGAAGUUCACCAUUGUGGACCAUCCCAUGCCUAUAGACUCCAUCCUUAAAGGAUGUAUUGGUGACUUCCUGAAAACCCUCCAGGACCCUGACCUCAAUGUUCGGCGGGUGGCUUUGGUCAUGUUCAAUUCGGCUGCACACAAUAAACCCUCUCUGAUUCGUGGGCUUUUGACCUCACUCCUCCCACAUCUUUACAAUGAGACACAGCUCAGGAAAGACCUCGUUCGAGAGGUUGAGAUGGGCCCUUUCAAGCACACAGUAGAUGAUGGGUUGGAUGUCCGUAAAGCUGCAUUUGAAUGCAUGUACACACUAUUGGAUAGCUGCUUGGACUGUUUGGAUAUCUUUGAGUUUCUCAACCAUGUUGAGCACGGCCUGCAAGACCACUAUGACAUUAAAAUGCUGACCUUCAUUAUGCUCGCCAGACUCUCUAAACUAUGUCCAUCUGCUGUGGUACAAAGGCUCGACAGGCUAGUGGAACCACUUAAAGCUACAUGUACUACAAAGGUUAAAGCUGGCUCAGUGAAGCAGGAGUUUGAGAAACAGGAAGAGCUGAGGCGUUCUGCCAUGCGCGCUGUCGCCGCCCUGCUGUCCAUCAGUGAGGUGGAAAAGAGCCCUGCUAUGGCCGAAUUUGCCAAUCAGAUCAAAAGCAAUGCAGAAAUGGCAACCAUCUUCGAGAGCCUUCAAGGAGACCCCUUAACAGGAGCCGUGGAAUCCAUGGACACUAGUUAGGGCUCUUAACUACAGUCACCCAUUUAGUUUGGUUAUGGAAAAUGCAAUGGACCUUUUACAAUUUUGUUGUAAAAAAAUA